ACAUUGGGUCCGUUUGGUGGCUGAGAAACGGAAGGAAAAAGAAAUGAAAACUCAGAAUCCCUCUGCAUAACAUUAGUAACCCUAACUUAGCCGGCAAUUCAUUCUCGAAGGUGUCAUUUCUUGUUUUCUUUGCUGCCUCUCGUCUCUCUAGGGAAAAGAAAUGACAAUGAACCGCAUCAAAUCAGUGAGAAGUAUCAUCAUCACAAGGGAGGCAGUUAGGCUUGUGGGCUGCAGGACAUUUGCUGUUGGUGGUAAAGCAAAGAAGGGCUCAAAAGGGGGUGGGGCCAGCGAUGCUCCAAAGGCAUCAACUCUCAGCAAAGAAGUCAAGUCUACUACAACUGUUGGUGCCAAUAUUCUGAAGGAUGGCACAGAUCCCAAGGUCCUGCCUGACUCUGAGUACCCUGAUUGGCUGUGGCACCUGCUCGAUAAACGUCCAGCAUUGAGUGAGCUAAGAAGGAAGAGUGUAGAAAGUCUCUCUUAUGAAGCUCUUAAGCGUUUUGUUAAGCUGGACAACCGAGCAAGGAUCAAGGAGAACAACAAUCUUAAGGCCAAGAACUGAUCAACAAUCUGGCAGGGCCACACAGGUGCUUACACAGCUUUUGGGUCUAUGAUUUGAUGUCUUAUUGGAAUAACAUGGCUGGUGCAUGGAAUGUGAUAGAGAAAGCUUACUGGUCUAGUCAGUUGGGCCCUAGUCUUGACAUUGCCAUUGAACUAAAUAGGUGGAAGCCACCUCCCAUUGUCUCCCCCACCCAACUCAACAACGGUGGGGUUGAAGUUUAUCCUUUUGUAGAUUCACUGAGAAGUUAAUGAUUUUUCCCUUUUCCUCCUUUCAUCAUCCACUUGCAGGACCCCAUGUUCGCUUGACUUAGCUUGUUACCCCAAUUUCAAGCUCUUGUGAUGAAGUUUGUCGGUUUACUUACAAAUUGAAAUGACUGUCGUGAUGCAUAUGGUCAGGUGGUCCAGAUUCCUGAUGGCCCAUUACUUAAUAGGUAGAUUUAGCAAAGACAUAAUCACACUUAGUUGAGCAUACCUUUCAAUCUAGCCCCCUACCGGGACUGACUGACUGGUGUGCUAGAGAGGAGACUGUACGCCUUGCUUUAUGGCCAUGUGAAGAUGAGGGAGGCUUAGUGGAAACAGAAAAAGAAAAGGUGGAAGGAAGCAGGAAAAUCAUGCAAUCAGGAAACUGAAAUUUGACAUCCAAUGAAUUAUUAUUGCUUAAAGCAUGUCCCUCUGUUACAUCCUUUUGAAUGCCAUACUUGAAAAGUUAAAGUUGCUUCUCA